CAGAUCUAAUGCCGAGUGAGACAUGUGGCUAUACAGUAGAUCUAGGAGAUCAAUACAAAGUAACUUCAAGAGGUACCGGUCAAGGUCAACCACCACCAGAAAUAACAUCCAGCGAUGAUGGCGCUGUCACCUACGUACCUUCGUACGAUGAUAACGUCGACUGUCAAAUUCAUUUUAGAACCUCAGGAAACAAGACAUUCUUUAUCAGAAUCACUCAUUUCAAUCUCGAGCUAUCAAAUCAAUGUGAGAAUGACGCUCUUGUAAUGUACGAUGGUGCCAGCAGUUCUGACGACUUGGAGCUGGCUAAGAAGUGUGGAGAAACCUUAUCGCUACCAAACUACUUCUAUUCAAGAGGACCAGAUCUCACAGUCAGGUUUAAAACCAACAACCUAAAUAACAGUUUUACUGGUUUUGUGAUGCUCAUCACUCCAUAUUGGCUACCAGGUGAAGGAGAAAAUUGCACCGAGGAUGAGAUAGCGUGUAAACUGUCCGGGAAAUGCUUUACUAAAGAUGCUUAUUGCAACAAUUUAAAUCAAUGUGAGGACUCAUCAGAUGAACCGGGACUGACUGUAUGCAGUAGCGCAUCUCGUUUGUGUGGAAGUAAAAUAAUAGGAUUCAUGCUAGCCUUAUUCAUCACAUACAUCUUCAGUGCUACUACUCACGUGACCAACCGACCUCGUCACCGUUCCACUGUGGACCAUACAAUCUAGCUUUCUUCACACGUCACAAAUUAUGAACCUCCAUCAAGACAACCGUAAAAUCAUCUUUGUUAAGUGCCCUAGGGUCUGUUAGAGGGGUACACCUGGUUGAAAAUAAUACGAUUUGAACAGAAAAAGAACAAUCAGACCAACGAAACUAUGAAAGUUUCAUCAUAUCGGACAAGGAAUAACAAGUUGUGACAUUUUAAAACUUUGCAUUAUAUCGGCGAAACAAGUUCUAUGCAUGUCUUCGUGAAUAUUAAUUGAGCAAACAGAUGAUGUCAAAUCCUCACUUGUUCUUUGGUAUUUUAUUUCAUGAAAUUAUGGUUAUUAAUAUUAUGUCUUCGAAUAACUAACAAAAAUUGGGUUGACAAAUGAUUUAAUGCAUUAGAUAUUCAUUGCUGAAACUUAUUUCAUUAUGAGGGAGACAUAUCAAACACACAA